AUGCCUUCAUUAGUACCAGUUAGCUCCAGCUCCAGAACGACUCUCUCAUUGAGUGGGGCCACCGGAAAUAACUCAUACAACAAUCAAUACGGUGUUUAUGGGAAUGGUUAUGUACAAAGCUUGGGCCAUAAUCACCGUGGUAUCGAGGAUAUGAAAAGAAUUGAGAUGUCCUUAAAAUCAGGUAUUGAUUCAGAGAUUGCAUGGGCUUUGAGUCUGUUAACCCAUAUGUCUAUACAACCAUUAAUAGAUCUUGAACAGAGUCCUUUUCUCGGUAAUGAGUUAAUCAAAUAUUUCGUGAAACCAUAUCAAUUAAUUCAAGAAAAAAAAUUUGACUUGUUAACUCAAGAUAUAUUAACAUUUAGUUUGGAUUCAGUGUUGACUUUAAGAAAUUUGUCACAGGACUUGCCAAAUCAACAAUGGUUAUCACAAAUUCCUUCAUUUAAGAAAAACUUGAUUGAACUGAUAAAAUUCUUAACAAAUUGGUUUUACCAACCAGGUGGUAACCAAAUUCCUCAGUUUGAGAAAUAUAACAAUCAAUUUGCCGAAUCUUUGAAUUAUAUUGUGGACUUAUUGGAACCAUUGACAUGCUACUAUAUUGAUAACAGUAAAAAUGAUACAUUGUUUAAUAUAUUGUUAAACACAUUAAUGAUUACCACGGAUAGAAAUUUAUUUAUCAAUAUUUUGAAAUGUAUUUCUCACUUGUUGAUUAUUUGGGAUAAGGGUGCCAAAGCAAAGGCCGAGGAAGAUGGGAACGGCGAUGACGAAGAUGAAGAUUUGGCACAAGAAGAAGAAGGGGAAGAAGAGGUGAAAUUAACAAACAACUGCAUAGACAGUAUUUCUGAUUCUCAACUGGAGACUAUCAUCAACACUCUUCUUAUUGCCGAUAGCGAGAUGAACAAUGCUGUUUUGGAUUUUCUCAAAAUGUAUUUGUUUUCCGAAGCCUUGCAUGAAAAGUAUUCCAGUUCCAUUAAAGAUUCUCAGAGACAUAGAUUGAGAAAGUUGUUACAGUUAAACACUUCUAAGGCCACAUUCAACACCUUAAUGAAACAGUUACCUUUGUUGUUAGUAUCUGACUUGCCUUUGAAUGAACCGAUUGAAGAGCAACCUGUCCCCUCCUUAAACUUGACAAAGAGAUCCCAAUACUCAGGGGUGCCCACAUCUGCACCAGAAUUAACUGAAGAAUUAUACAAAAUAAUUGUGGCUUUUCCUGAACCACUAAGAGCUUCAACCUGGUUGCAUUGCUGUUAUGAGGCAACAAUGACUGAACAGGCAGAAGUGACACAAAUUUCUAUUUGGAAAGCUUAUGAAACACAAUUCCAAGAGAUCUGGAAACCAAAUACCGAGGGAACUCUCAAUCAUAACUAUAAACCACUUUUGCCUGCUGUGGAGUUUAUUAAAAAUGUUACGAAAGCAUUUCCUUAUGCUGAAGCUAAAGUUGUAGCAUUACCUCAAGCUCCAGGUGAAGAAAACCAAGCUCCUAAGAAAAAGUUUAUUAUCAAAGGAAUUCAGCCCAGACAAUUUCCAGUGAGUAUAGAUGUUGGUAAUUAUGAUGCAUUGAAACCAAUGGGAGAAGCCACUGUUACCGAAGGUGAUGAAAGUUUACCAAUUGGUCAUAUGGAUGUCAAAAAAUUUCAUCAUCUGUUGACUUCUGGUGUGGAUAACAUUUUGUUUGCGGACUCUGCCAAUAAAAUCGCCAAAGAAUCAUUGAAUCUGAUUAACGAAUCCAGUCACGAUAUAUUAGAAUACAUUAUACUGGAAGUUUUGGAAGUUGCAGGGAUUGAAUCGAAAGAAUCUAGCAUAUUCCGUCUUUACAAUAAAUACUGGAUUCCUGAAUUAGUAUACGCCAACCCUUCUUUGUUAGAAAAAGGUAUUAUAGAAACCACUUGGUUGAAAUAUUUGCUAUAA